AUGUUUCCCUUGCCGAUGUUUACCGCGGAUCAGGUGGCUCGGGUGUGUGAGAACUUGGAGGAAACCGGGGACAUGGAGCGCCUGGGCCGGUUUCUGUGGUCACUUCCGGCGGCGGCCCCCGGUUCUGCAGGCGAGGCGCUCCAUAGGCACGAGUCGGUGAUGCGCGCGCGGGCUCUGGUCGCCUUUCACGGCGGUGACUUCGAGGCGCUUUACCGCAUCCUGCAGAGCCACCGGUUCACGCGCGAGUCCCACGCCAAGCUGCAGGACCUGUGGCUGCACGCGCAUUACCGCGAGGCGGAGCGCAUGCGCGGCAGGCCGCUGGGCCCCGUGGAGAAGUACCGCAUCCGCAAGAAGUUCCCUCUACCCCGCACUAUCUGGGACGGCGAGCAGAAAACGCACUGUUUCAAGGAAAGGACACGGAGUUUGCUUAGAGAAUGGUACCUACAAGACCCGUAUCCAAACCCAUCUCGCAAGCGGCACCUGGCCCAGGCUACAGGUCUCACACCUACACAAGUUGGAAACUGGUUCAAGAACAGACGCCAGAGAGACAGAGCAGCAUCAGCCAAAAACAGACUACAACAAGUCUCUACUCUUCUCCCAUCUGGCAGCUUUCCAGAAUGUUCUUCCAUAGAUCACAAUGGCAGCCCAGAGAACAGCGACACCAGAGCCUCUACACCCGACAUAUCGGUCAGCAGCGACAGCGAGUUUGAGUCCUGAGCCCUGGUUUGGUCUAAUAACCAAAACCGACAAAACACACACAGACUCCGACGAAGCCACAGAAGCUUGCAGAGACACGCAGACAGAGACGUGAUGUAAAGAUCGGCUUCAACGCCACUGACAUGCACACACUCUGGAAGAUAUGGAGAGUGAAUUGGAGCAAAUAUACAGUGAAAAUCUGAAGAGCAUGCGGACUGGAUCGGAGACUGGAAGGGGUUUUGGUGAAUGUAUAUACCUGCACUUAAAAGGACACUUAAAAUUUGAUUGGUUGUUGCCAAAUAAAUAAACUUUUCUUCUUUUUUUUUUUCCACAUUUGUAAUAACAGGUACAAAGUUAUCUGAGACUGUUAAGCUCUGAUUACCAGGAAGAUAUCAGAAAAUAGUUCAGAAAACUGAUUCAGGCAAUGCCAAAACUGUUAUCUCUACCCUGUAUAAUGAAAUAAAAUAAAAACA